AUGCAAUCAAAUGAUUCAUUUCGAUUUUUGACAAUUUUAUUCCUGCCUCUUUUACUCAUCCCAUUAUUGAUUCUCCCGUUCUUUUCUUUCAUUCAAAAUUCUUCUGUUUCUCUCAAAGUAUUCGGGAAGAAUAUUAUUUUCCAUUUCUUGCCUCUUAUUUCUCAGUUAUAUUCAGGGAAAGGUUCAGAUAAAAAUGCUAAAACUGUUAUCUAUCUAUCUAUCUAUCUAUCUAUCUAUCUAUCUAUCUAUCUAUCUAUCAUCUAUCUAUCUAUCUAUCUAUCACAUUCUGCCCCAUCCAUCUAUCUAUCUCCAUCUAUCUAUCCAUCUAUCUAUCUAUCUAUCUAUCUGUCUCCAUUCUAUCACAUUCUGUUCCCAUCUAUCUAUCUAUCCAUCUAUCUAUCACAUUCUGCUCCCCAUCCAUCUAUCUAUCUAUCUAUCUAUCUAUCUAUCUAUCUCAUUCUAUCACAUUCUGCUCCCCAUCUAUCUAUCUAUCUAUCUAUCUAUCUAUCUAUCUAUCUAUCUAUCUAUCUGUCUCAUUCUAUCACAUUCUGUUCCUAUCUAUCUAUCUAUCUAUCUAUCUAUCACAUUCUGCUCCUAUCUAUCUAUCUAUCUAUCUAUCUAUCUAUCUCAUUCUAUCACAUUCUGCUCCUAUCUAUCUAUCUAUCUAUCUAUCUAUCUAUCUAUCUAUCUAUCUCAUUCUAUCACAUUCUGUUCCUAUCUAUCUAUCUAUCUAUCUAUCUAUCUAUCUAUCUAUCUAUCUAUCUAUCUAUCUCAUUCUAUCACAUUCUGUUCCUAUCUAUCUAUCUAUCUAUCUAUCUAUCUAUCUUUCUCCCUAUUAUUAUUGCCAUCUUUCCUUUCUGGUAUUCAUUGCAUUCUUGUUAA